GCGCGGGGCCCGGGGCCCGGCCCGGUGCCGGGGAGCAGCGGGAGGGGCGGGCGGUGGCAGCGGGUGCGAGGCUCCCUCCGCCCUGCGGUGUGGUGGCGGUCGUGGCGGCGGUACCACCGCGGAGCCGGCUCCGCGAGGAAGGCUGACUACUUGAAGGUGGCAGACUUCUGGGUCUUCUCAUCCCAUGUUUCUCCUUGAAGGCCAGGUUGUGCAACAUAUGGAGGAGGAGAGGAGAAUGCUAUCUAUGUAUAAAGCUUAAACAUCUGGGACAGGAGAGGGAAGUUAUUUAUUUUUAAAGGAAAACAGAUGAGUUAAAACUGUCUGACAAUGUCUGCAGUCUGGUUUCCAGCUUAAUCAAUAAGAUGAGGUUUUAUUGCAGCUGUUAAGUAAUGGAGCAAGAAAGUUGCUUUGAACUGGCUUCAAGACACAAGUACAUUUCGAGGUUGUAAUGCCCUCCACUACCACUGUGGAGAAUUAUGCUGAGGAAAUUCCUCUGAUAAGUGUGUAUACAGCUAACCUGGUAAUAGUGAGCAUGUCUAGACCUGGAGCCUAUGUGGAGAGACUUACUGAUCCCCAGCCCAGUGUAGAGUUUAUGCUGGGUUUUUCCAUGGUUGAAAACAUUGCUGGAAAUAUACUGUGCUGGCUUCAGGAGAGAAAGGGUUGACCAGAUUGCUUCUAAAACUUUCCUUAAGGAUAGUUUUGACAGGGAAUUGUCCUGAUAACCAUACUGCUGUCAUAGUUCACAGCACUGUGUUGGAAACAUAAGUGUGUGCUAGCUGCCUGGGAAAUUGACAUCUCAAUAGAAGUGAAUAAAAACACUGAUUUCUCUCAUGGAUCUAUGGAAAAAGAAAUCUCAUUCUUCAAAAUUAUUUCCUUGCUUUAAGAUUUUCAUAAUCUUCAAAGUAUUUAAUGUAAGCUCAGGAUGCAUAUAUGUAUAUGUGUGUGCAUGGGGAGAAACUAAUGUAAAUGCAGGUGACAAUGCAGAAUGCAGUUCAGGUGUGGUUUGGUGACGACCUUCCCUUAAGUCCCCGAAGUCCUUUGACUCCCAGACACGGGCCAGGUUUGGCAGAUGUGUGCCUGUAUGACCAGUGGAUAUCUGUGCGGCAUGAAGCAACUUUGGUGCCUAUGCAAGAAGACCUGUCAAUCUGGUUGUCUGGCUUGCUGGGAAUAGAAAUCAAAGCAGAACAACUGUUAGAAGAACUUGAUAAUGGGGUACUACUUUGCCAAUUGGUUGGUGUUCUUCAAAACACAAUUAAAAAAUGUUGUAGCUCAAAUAAUUUAAGGAAUUUUCCUAUGAGAAAAGUUCCAUGUAAGAAGGAUGCUCCAUCAGGAUCAUUUUUUGCCAGAGAUAACACAGCCAACUUUCUUAACUGGUGUAGAGCCAUUGGAGUUGAUGAGACUUACCUCUUUGAAUCUGAAGGUUUAGUUUUGCACAAGGAUCCAAGACAAGUGUAUCUUUGUCUGUUGGAAAUUGGGCGCAUUGUAUCCAGGUAUGGAGUUGAACCUCCUGUACUAAUAAAAUUAGAGAAGGAAAUUGAACUAGAAGAAACGCUGCUAAUGACCUCUGGACCACCAUCACCUAUUAGCACAACAAAGUCAUGUUGUCACCAUGGGGAGCUACAUGAGGCAGUUAAACAUAUAGCAGAAGAUCCUCCCUGCAGUUGUUCUCAUCGGUUUUCAAUUGAAUACUUAUCAGAGGGACGUUAUAGAUUAGGAGAUAAAAUACUCUUCAUACGAAUGCUUCAUGGCAAGCACGUGAUGGUACGUGUUGGUGGAGGCUGGGACACUCUUCAAGGUUUUCUGCUUAAAUAUGAUCCAUGCCGAGUGCUUCAGUUUGCAACUCUGGAACAAAAAAUCCUGGCGUUUCAGAAAGGGGUCACCAGUGACAGUGUCCCCAACUCAUCAGCUGGAAUUCAGGAGCCUCCUGUUAUGAAUCCAAUGUCAGCUGUUGACAUGUUUCAAAAGCAGCCAUCAAAACCACUUAUUCCUGUUUCAAUUGUCGGUGCCACUGCCAAGAAGGCUUUAUCUAAACGUCCUCAGUCCCCUGCCCUGGCAUCACCAAAAGUGCCAGUAUCCCCGUUCCCUACAGCAAAGUCACUGCCACUCAGGUCCAAAUUACAAGGGUCUUCAAUGACAGGCAUGCAGUCUCCUUUCAAACCAUUAGCUAGCUCCUCAAAGAAACUGGAGUCUUCUGCACACACAUCACCGGCUUCUGCUCCUUCGCAGCCUGUCAGCAAAAGCUCUUCAUCUACAGGAACAAGAAGGGCUCUUGUUCACUCCGAAACAUUACGCAAACGUAUUCGGUCCCCUGAUGCUCCCAAGGUGAAAUUUGCCCUGCCUCAGGGCUCCCUGGCACCAGCGCUGCAUCCUGCCCUCUCGUCCUCUAAACAACAGCCGUCUCGCUUGCCUGGGACAGCUGAAACACAGGUGGCUUCAAACCAGAAGUGUGUCCCUGCUAAAUGCAAACCUGUAUCUGUCACUAAAACCAAAGCAAAUUCAGUUGCUCCGAGGGCUGCUCGGACACCUGUUACAAAUCUGCGUGCUGUUGCCAAGUUUGCGCAUUCUCAGCAGCACCUUGCAAAACCUCUCCCUGGAAAUGCUAUUCAGACAUCAGGAACUGGGUCUCAGCAUCCUCCGAAAGCUUCACAAACAGCUUCUGACCUGGCAAGGAAUCUGAAAAGUGCUUCAGUCCUAAAACACUCUGCUUCUGUACCUUCCCUUGCAGUUAGCAAAGCAUCAAAGUCAUCAUCUACACUGGUAUCUACAAGCAAAAAUCUAUCAUCAGCUGUCAAUAAGCAGCCAAAUGUCAGUAAACCCCCUCAGGUUGGACCCACUUCAUCCAAACCUCCUGAACGCACUCCCUUAUCUGUUGUACGGCUUCCUCAAACUUCAGCUAAAGCGGCAAUGACCAAAAAGCCAGCACAGCUUUCCACAAAAAGUCAGCCUUCAACCAAAAACUUGCAAGCAAAUGAAAGCUUGGCCCCAGCAGCCAAGAAGCCUCUCCCUAAGGGAAAAUCAGCAACAGCAUGUAACAAAGGAACACCUAGUGUUUCAAAAAGUCCUCUUAUGAAAAGCAGGCAAGAUGAUCACUAUUUUGUUAUGACAGGGAGUAAAAAACCCAGAAAGUAAACUUACUUGUUACUUUCUGUGGAAGUCUUAACUUUGUACAAAUGGGCCUCUUAUAUCUGCUACGUUGAGAACAAGGAAAAAAGUUAAAUAACACUACAUUUACCGUGAAAUAUUAGGUAUAACCUACAUUUUGCUGCAUAACUUACAGUAACAAAUGUAUUUAUUUUGCGGUUCAGAAACUUCUAUUUGGAUAUAUUUAGAAGUGAGCUUGCUUGCUAUGUAGAACCAUGGAAUAUCCCUGUUUGCUGCUAGCCUGACCUGCUGUGGGGAAGGCGGGAGAGAGGAAAGGGGAGCUAGGGCUGCUGCUCUUGCUGCUGCUUGUUUUCGAGGGAGUAAAGCCUGCCCAAGAAACAUCUACCCAGGGCAGAUCCUGAGUGAUUCUGGUGCUUCUGGCACAUCUGCAUUGAGGCCUGUGGCAAGUGAUAGAACUGUGCACAAGCUGUAAAAUUUCUAAUACCUCAAACAAAACUAUGUUUUUCGUAGUUCACUAGUGUCCCAGAACCCAAAUUUGGGUCACAUGCAUGUAUGAGAAAGAAAUGUCUAGUCAUGUUUAGAUUUGACAGCUACUGUUACGUGUUCACUGUGCCCCCCAUAUGCCUUAAAGUGGCUUCAGCUCACUUGGAAGUGGAGUGUUCUUGAUUUGUGUUAAGUUGGACAUGGAAAAUCAUGGCCUUGAUCUCUUGCUCUCGUUGUGCCUUAGCCUCUCAAAUUCAUAACAGAUCUCUUCAGUGAGCAAUGCUACUUUUGAAACCCUGGGCAGAUAAUCAUGCUUUGUUCAUGUUCAAAUCUGUCAGUAAGCGAGCCUAGUCUUUUCUAGAAAGCUCUUGCUGCAUGGAGUGAAGCUCCUGAGUUGCUGUGAGGAUGCUUUUCCCUGGGAUGGAGCCCCAGAGCAGCUCCUGUGCCAGCAACGCAGAGCUGCGAGUACUGACCUGCACUGGCAGAGACUUACUGCUCUGCAGGAGUGGCCUUUAUAUGUAACACUGAAUUGCUAAAUACUUCUCUCAGUGCUAGUGGUUAAUUUUCGUGAGCAGCCUUAGCAGUGGCAUUUUUUGUUUUAUUUAUGGAGACCUUCUUGCUGGCUCUCCUGUAUUACUUUCUGGAGGUGAGUAGUAGUUUCCCAAAGAUGUAACGAGGGACUGCAUUUGCUUUAAACAUCUGAAAGUGCUAGAAAGGUAUGCGCUGUUUAUGCUCUCAACUCCUGAAGGCUUUCAGUGGGUUAAGCAUCUGUGGUACCCAACACCUUUAUGCUUGACAAAAGUGAGUUUCAUGAUAGAUUAAUAAAAACUAAUGUCUUUGGGCAUUGGCAUUGUUUGGGUUAUUUGGGGUUUAAUGAAAGGUUGUUCCUAUAAACACAGGAGCUCUCAAGAUCUGAGAAGGGACACUGCUGACUUCUACAGACUGUCACUUCUACUCUCCAUUCCCAGGAUAUUUACUUAUGGGCAGGAGAAGACAUGCAUGGAAACUGCAGUUUCUGAAGUUGCAUAUUUAAUAUAUAUUUCUUCCCCUGGAGCUAGAGUAAGCAAGCAUCAUAAACUGAGUUCUCAUGUGCAGUGGCGAAGUCAUUGAGCUGCCUUUCUGAGCACCUUGUUAGCUUUUUUAUUUAUGAUUCUAUUUAUGCAUAUCUACUGUAUAGUACUGCUUACAACCUGCUGGGAGUAAACAGUAAAUAUCAAUAUCCAAACUGUAGGAGCAAAACAGAUCAGUUUUAAUAACAUGGACAGGAGUCCCACAAGCUCAUAUGCAAAGUUAUAUCACUGAGGGAAGGCCUGAGGCCUACUUGUUUUAUAAAUACACUGGUCAAAGGCACUGCUACAAAUGUUAAGAAUAGUGUUGACUGUAGGGGACCGCUUUCGGGUUUGAUAAAUAUGGCACACAGUUUCAUAUACUGAAAGCAUAUUACAGUAGAUGACUUGAUUUUGAUUUUGGGCUUCCAAAGAGCGAGUUACGAUGAAGUGUAUCUCAUGCAUGUUAAUAGGUGAAUUCUUGGAGUUUCUUUCUGUACAGGGUCUGGCUGAGAUGGAGUUAACUUUCUUCAUAGCAGCCCUUAUGGUGCCAUGUUUCAGAUUUGUGACUAAAAUAGUGUUGAUAACACACCAAUAUUUUGGCUGUUGGAGAACAGUCUUUGCACACGGUCAAGGUUUUCUCUUUUUCCUGCUCUGCCCUUACAGCAAGUAGGCUGAGGGUGGGCAAGAGACUGGGAGGGACAUAGCCUUGACAGCCAAUCUGAACUGGUCAAAGAGCUAUUCCGUACUGUAUCUCAUCACCCUCAGCAAUAAAAAUGGGGUAGAGGAAGAAGGUGUGUGUAGGGGAGUUGGCUUCCAAGGUGGCCAUUGUUUGCAGACUGGCUAGGAAUUGAUCUGCCUGCGGGAAGUAGUGAGUGACUGCCUUGCAUCACCCGGUGGUUUGGUUUUUUUCCUCUUUCCUUCAGUUAUUAAACUGUCUUUAUCUCAGCCUGAGUUUUCUUGCUUUUGCUGCUCUUCUGUUCCUCAUCUUGCUGGGGAUGGAUGGAAGAGUGAGUGAAUGAGCAGCUGUGUGGGGUGCUUGGCUGCUGGCUGGGGUCAACCCACAACACCUCUUGAACUGUUUACAAGGGUUUUAGUAGUAAUUUAAACACAGAGACUCUGGGAUCUCAUUGUAAAGCUAUCUCAACAUCUACCUUUUUGAACUAUAACUUCAGAGAAAAUGAAGCAGAUGACUUCAUCUUUGUGAUCCAUUAUCUCAUGUACUAGACUAAAUUUUAUGGUUCAAAAUGAAAUAAAAAUCAUAAGCUUUUACAGUCAAAACCUUAAUCAGCUAAUCUAAAGAUGGUUCACCUGUUACAUGUGGGAAGGUUUGGUUUUAUUACAAAUAUAGUGUAUUUGAGCAUGGUCCAACUUCUGUAAAUAUUGCAGUCUCCAGCUUUAUAGUCAUGCUGACUACAGGUGUCAUGUAACUUGAGGUGAGUCAAGAAUAAGAUGUAACAAAAUACCUCCUAAUGGAAAUAAAUAUUCUUUUUGCAAUAUUUACACUGCCAAAUAGCAAGUCUAAUAUUUAGCUUGUACUACUUUUUGUGAGGGAAAGGUAACUUGAAGCAAGAAUCUGACUGAAUUCUCCAUGUGUUAUUGAUGUCCUUCUGUAUGAGUACUUAUUUUAAAUAAACACAUAAUGCACCUUUUUUACAUGCA